UCUUCGUUGGUUCUCCUCCGAGCCUCUCUCUCCGCCAUUUUGUCCUUUGUGAGGCGGAGACCGGGGGCCCGGGCCUGGCUUCCCGCCGGGGCGAGGCGGCUGCGUUCGGGGAGGGGGCCCCUCUGGAGACUUCGUGUCCACAGCUGCGCGGGAUACGGAAGACUCCUGCCCAGCCGAAGACACCUCAGCCGAAGACAUUGUCCAUAGACACCUCCUAGGUCAUGUAGCCGGCAUGACUGCAUGGAGCGCCGUUACCUUCCCACCAGAGCGAUUGAAUGAGACUGUAUGACUGGGGUCUGACUGAAGACACCAUCCUAAAAUGGAAACCUGAAAAUGGCAUUAUGGAGAAGGUGAAGAAAUUCAUUAGCUGUGGAAUGGAAAGUGCUAAUGAGAAAUCCAGAGGACAACUGUAGAACAUACAGUGUAAAACAACACCUGUUUAGUCAAUACGUUACCUUAUGAAAGAACUUAAACAACCUAUCUGUUCCAGAAUUGAUGAAGCUCCAGCAAGUCUGGGCUUGACAGUCUGAAGUUAUCUAAACAACCAAAUAAUGGAUGUCCAUAAGGAGACCCUUUUUUUAUUGUGUGGCAGAUCUGCAAGGAGUGCAGCAUUCUGUCCACCCGCCUCCUUCCUCCUAAUAGCCUGAUGAACUUAAUGGAGAGGCAUGAUGAGUAUGACUGAGUAAAUGUAUGUAAGUGAAUGCUGGGUAAAUGUGAUGUUUCUUCUUUUGUCUGUGCAACCAAUAUAGCUAUCAUAAAACCCAGUACAGGAGUCUGUGUGUCUACUUCUUUCUCUGAAAAUGCCUGAUCAUCUGUCCCACUGAAAACAGAUUAAAGAAGAUUUUAAUGUUCAAAAAUAUUCAUGACAUUUCCUGCCCUCUCUGUCCCUUCUCCCUGGGUCAUCAAAGUCCUGUCUCCUUGAGCCUUCCCCCCACUUUCAACUCCUCAAUUUCCUAUCUACCCCCCCCCCCCCUGCCGUGCUGCUUGUUUUGACUAGCAGAGAAUUUCAUACUCUCUGAAGAAGGCCUUUUCUUGCCACAUUCUCCACAUUUCUUUUCUGGAGGCCAGACCUAUAGAUCCAUAUCCCUACUUAGUGUAAUUGCAAACCUGGAUUAUCCCCCCUCUCUUCCACCAUUUUGUCAGGUAUUGGAGCCUCCGGUGGCCUAGGGGAUAAAAGCCUUGUGACCUGAAGGUUGGGUUGCUGACCUGAAGGCUGCCAGGUUCGAAUCCCACCCGGGGAGAGCGCAGAUGAGCUCCCUCUAUCAGCUCCAGCUCCAUGCGGGGACAUGAGAGAAGCCUCCCACAAGGAUGGUAAAACAUCAAAAACAUCCGGGCAUCCCCUGGGCAACGUCCUUGCAGACGGCCAACUCUCUCACUCCAGAAGCAACUCUGGUUACUCCUGACAUGGAAAAAAAAGUCAGGUAUUUUUGAGGCUGUUCUUCCUUCCACAGGUUGGGAUUAUUCCUUUGAUUACAGUCCUGGAUGGAAAGCCUUUGUUUCUCUAGAUUGCCUUGAGUUGCUGGAGAUCUCUAAGACCAGCCCCCUCCCUCCCUUCUCUCAUGAAGCCUGUUCCAGAAAUGGGGGAAGGGAGGCUCCUGCUCUACUACUAUAAGCGAUCACUCGUGGCCUAUGACUCUGAUUGUCUUUCUUUCACAAGAGAACAUACAUUUCCAGAUGAAAGGUUAUACUUGCUUGAGACACUAGCUUUCUCGGUCUGUUUCUCCCUUUGCGCCCCCCCCCCCCCCCCCAUUCUGCUUCUUCAAAAUCCACAGCACUGUUGGCCAUGGCUAGCCUCAGUCAGAUGCACGUGCGUGCUUUCUUCUCAGUCCUUUCUUGGCGUUUAUACCACAUUUUAAAGGUUAGCUUUGAAUUUAGCUUUAAAUGUCUUUUUUGUCCACCAACAUUAUUAAAACAAGUCUCUUUAAAAGAUAUUUCUACCCCAGCUGCCAGCUAAAAGUGAUAAAUUGUGACAAUAUGAAAGGUGAAAGGUUAUUGAAUUGAAGUGUGCGCCUAUGCUGUAGAAUGGCUGUGUUUUAUACCAACUUCUAUGACUCGGUGCUCUAGAAAUCAUGGGCAUGUUUUGUUGUUUAUUCAUUCAGCUGCUAGACUCCUCAUGGGAGCGGGAUAUAAUAAUAAUAAAUUAUUAUUAUUAUUAUUAUUAUUAUUUAUACCCUACCUCCAUCUCCCCUGAAGGAGACUCGGGGUGGCUUACAGAUAAUACCAGAUAAAAGCAAUAACGAGUUCCAGAGUCGGGGGGCCACUACUCUCUCGUCCCCACCAACCACGCUUGUGACGGCAGCGGAAGCGAGAGGACGGCCUCCCCCGACAAAUGAAGAGAUCGUGCAGGUUCAUAGGGGGAGAGGCGAUCACAAAGGUAGGAAGGUCCCAAACAGUACAGGGCUUUGUAGGUAUUCACCUGCACCUUGUAUUGGGUCCAGAAAAUGAACGGCAGCCAGUGGAGAUCCUUAAGCAGGAGGGUUGACCGCUCCCUAUAAUGAGCUCCAGUUAGGAGCAAGGCUGCCGAGUGUUAGACUAGUUGAAGUUUCCGGGCCAUUUUCAAGGGCAGCCCCAUGUGGAGCGCAUUGCAAUAGUCCAGUCUAGAGGUAACUAAGGUAUGGACCACCAUGGCCAGAUCAGACUUCACGAGGUAAGGUCUCAGCUGGCGCACAAGUUUUAAUUGUGCAAAGGCCUUCCCGGCCACCGCCGGCACCUGAGCAUCAAGCAUCAGCGCUGAAUCCAGGAGGACCCCCCAAACUGGACCUGCGCCUUCAGGGGGAGUGUGACCCUGUAAAGCACAGGUUGCCACCCAAUACCCCAAUCAGACCUACAACUGACCUGGAUGACUUCUGUCUUGUCAGGGCUAAGCUUGAGCUUAUUCACCCUCAUCCAGCCCAUCACAUCCGCCAAGCACUAAUAGAAAUAUAUAUUCAUAACCUGUUAAGAUUAUGAUCCCAAUAUGGUUAAAUAUUGGUGCAGAGCAGUAAAACGCAGAAGACUAGGGGUUUAUGUGAGCAGAGGUAAAAAGAAAAUAAACAAUAAGACAAAAAUAUCCAGCCUCCCUUUCCCUUUAAAAGGUCAUGCGCAUAAAAUAAACAUCAGAGACAUCAAAUAAAAUAGCAAAAAUAUGUUUACUCACAAUCUUGUAUGAUGAUGGUCAUACAGGCAAAAACAUCUUAGUUCCAAAAAAAAAAAGUUCAGGAUACUACAUAUCUCUUAACAAACAGGAACAUCAGCAUGGCAUGGUCAGGAGUGAAGAGAAAGAGACAGGAAGAGGCAUCUGUACAUCACUUCCUGUGUGUCCCCAGAAAGGAUACUCCCAUUUCCCAUUUCAUAUGCAAAACCCCCUAAAUGGUGUCAUCAACUCUGGAAUGCAGCUUGGCUCAGGUUACUAAGCAACAUACAUAACUAACUACAUAAACCAUCCCACAUUUAAAAUGCAUGCAUGAUUGCUUAGAUAACCCAACAAGCACUGGUCCAGUAUCUGAGGGGCUUCCUUGGAGUUUGGUGGAAAGGAGUAGUAGAGUUGGGUGUCAUCCAUGUAGAGAUGGCACCAAACUCCAAAACUCCGGAUGACCUCUCCCAGCGGUUUCAUGUACAUUUUGAAAAGCAUGAGGGACAGAAUGGAACCUUGCGGGACCCCACAGGUCAAUGGCCAGGGGUCCGAGCAGGUGUCCCCCAGCUUCACCAAUGGGGAACAGCCCUCCAGGAAGGACUGGAGCUACUGCAGAGCAGUACCCCCAAGGCCCCUCCUGGAGAGCCGACCCAGAAUGAUACCAAGGUCGAUGGUAUCGAAAGCUGCUGAGAUGUCCAAGAGAACCAGCAGGGUCACAGUCCCCCUGUCCAGUUCCCUGCGGAGGUCAUCCACCAAGGCGACCAAAGCCGUCUCAGAGCUGUGACCAGGUCUAAAACCAGACUGUGAUGGGUCCAGAAAAUAGGUGUCAUCCAAAAAACCAGGAGCUGCGAGGCAACCACCCACUCCAGUACCUUGCCCAAAAAAGGGAGGUUCGAGAUUGGUCUGUAGUUACUUGAAAUGGUCGAAUCAAGGGAGGCCACCUUCAGAAUUGGUCUCACUAUGGCCUGUUUAGGGGCAGAUGGAAAUUUACCUUGAUCCAGUGAGGAAUUAAUUAUCCUCACAAACCAAUCUCCCAACUCUCCGCUGGCCAAUUUAAUUAGCCAAGAGGGGCAAGGAUCCGUGGCCCAAGUGGUCGCCUUCACUGCUCCAAGGAUCUUGUCCACGUCAACAAGCUGAAACGAAUCCCACAAAAUAGGACAGACAUGUGCCUUGGUUAUCUCUUCUGGCAUUGCAUCUAAGCUAGCGUCCAGCUCAAGGCAAAUCUGAGCGACUUUGUCUGGAAAGUUGUGUGCGAACUCGCUGCACCGAGUUGCCAAGUCUUCGGGUGCCCCUCACCCUCAGGAGGGUGGAGGAGCUCCCCAACAACACGGAACAACUCCAAUGGUCUAUUAGUUGCAGACGCUAUGCCGGCAGUCGUGAAGGUCUUCCUGGAUGCCUGCAAAGCCACAGAGUAGGCCUUAAUAGCAGCUCUAGCUCGUGCUCGGUCAGAGACGCCCUAAGUUUUCCGCCAGCAGCACUCUAGUCUCCUGGAACGUUUCAUCGCUGCCAAUUCUUCUUUAAUAGUUUUAAGGGAUUUUAUGUAUUGUUUGAUAUUGUUUUUGUGUGGGCAUCGAAUUGUUGCCAUUGUUGUAAGCAGCCCUGAGUCCCUUCGGGUGAGAAGGGCGGGAUACAAAUGUUGGAAAUAAAUAAAUAAGUCUCCUGGGGCGGAUCUUAAUGGGUCCACCACCCCUGCGGAGGUUCGAGGUCACGGUAAGUCUUAAACUGAUCAGGUGGUGGUCGGAUCAUGACAACGGAAGAAUAUUUUGCUCUUCCACUCUGACCUUCACCAUCCAUGGCAAUGAAAACCAGCUUGAUGGGUGGGACCAGAUAUCACUUGGGACAGCCCCAUGGUCGUCAUGGCAACCAUGAAGUCUUGAGCUGCACCUGUUAAGGUGGCCUCGGCAUGAAUGUUAAAUUUCCCCAGCGCUAUCAGUUGCUGGGAGGCCAACGCCACACCAGAGAUCACCUCUGCUAGCUCGGGCAGGGAGACUGCUGUGUUGCGGGGUGGACGGUACACCAGCAGAAUCUCCAAGCUGUCCCGGGUACCCGCCUUACGAUGUACACCCUCAAAUUGUGCAGAUUGCGGGACGGUGCACCUGACCAGGGAGAUGGACUGCCGAAAGACCACCGCAAGCCCACCUCCCCGCCCCCUGGAUCUGGCCUGCUGUUGCACCGCAAAACCUGGAGAACACAGCUGUGCAAAAUUUACCCCGCUGGGCUCAUCCAGCCAGGUCUUGGUGAUGCAAGCCAAGUCCGCAGGUUCAUCCAAGAUCAAAUCCUGGGUGAUAGCUGAUUUACCAUUGACGGACCUGGCAUUGAAUAGCAGAAUCCUCAAUCCGAGGGGACUGUCAUGGAGUCUACCACACCUAUCCUUCUCCAGGGUCACAAGAACUCUGUUGCGUUUCUUCCUGGGAUGACCGCUCCUCCUCCUCCCUCGAUGAUCUCCCCCCCCCCCCCGACUCUGGUCCACCCCCCACCCCAACCCCCAGAGUGACUAAACUUGGUAUUUGGAGGCCCUAGUCAGCUAUCUGUAACCAGGGAGCUACUCAGGAUUCUAUCCUGAUUAAUAUCUAAAUCCUGUGAAGACAAGAGGAGGGAGCAGUCAGUGGAGAUAGAAUGACUAAACAGAAGCAGUGUCUGUGGGUUGGAAUCAGGAAUGGAUUGGGAGGGAACUGGAGUUGAGCUGGGGGCCAUUAAACAAGUUCUUGAGAAAGAUAGUUUGCAGAUGACACAAAACUGGGAGGGAUAGCUAACACUCCAGAAGACAGGAGCAGAAUUCAAAACGAUCUUGACAGACUAGAGAGAUGAUUGGCCGAAACUAACAAAAUGAAGUUCAACAGGGACAAAUGCAAGAUACUUCAUUUCGGCAGAAAAAAUGGAAAUCAAAGAUACAGAAUGGGGGACGCCUGGCUUGACAGCAGUGUGUGCGAAAAAGACCUUGGAGUCCUCGUGGGGAACAAGUUAAACAUGAGCCAACAAUGUGAUGCGGCAGCUAAAAAAGCCAACGGGAUUCUGGCCUGCAUAAAUAGGGGUAUAGCGUCUAGAUCCAGGGAAGUCAUGCUCCCCCUCUACUCUGCCUUGGUCAGACCACACCUGGAAUACUGCGUCCAAUUCUGGGCACCACAGUUGAAGGGAGAUGUUGACAAGCUGGAAAGCGUCCAGAGGAGGGCGACUAAAAUGAUUAAGGGUCUGGAGAACAAGCCCUAUGAGGAGAGGCUUAAAGAGCUGGGCAUGUUUAGCCUGCAGAAGAGAAGGCUGAGAGGAGACAUGAUAGCCAUGUACAAAUACGUGAAGGGAAGUCAUAGGGAGGUGGGAGCAAGCUUGUUUUCUGCUGCCCUGCAGACUAGGACACAAGGGAACAAUGGCUUCAAACUACAGGAAAGGAGAUUCCACCUGAACAUCAGGAAGAACUUCUUCACGCUGAGGGCUGUUCGACAGUGGAACUCUCUCCUCCGGGCUGUGGUGGAGGCUCCUUCCUUGGAGGCUUUUAAGCAGAGGCUGGAUGGCCAUCUGUCGGGGGUGCUUUGAGUGCGAUUUCCUGCUUCUUGGCAGGGGGUUGGACUGGAUGGCCCAUGAGGUCUCUUCCAACUCUACUAUUCUAUGAUUCUAUGAUAGGGACCUAACUUGAUGUUUACGGGCACUAUCCAUUCUGAAUCUAGUUGUAUCAUGGGAAAGUAGUUCCGGGCCUGCCAUCAAGGGUCUGAUUAUAGGAUCCAGAAAUACCUUCCUGAUAUUAAUUUCCCAUGAGUUCAGUAGUGCCCAAAUCUCCUCAAUUAGUGAACUGUCCUCAGAGGUGACAAUGAGGCAUAUAGAGCGGUCCCGAGCUUGAAAGUCCCUGCGUAGCCAGGAGAUGGUCUUAAUUCUGACUACGCUUGGACUCAUAGAGUCAGGGACUUCUGGACUGCUCUCCUAGAGGUCCACCUGCUUCUAUUCAGCGGUGAGUCUGUUAUUUGAAACACCAUCUUUUCUGACUGAAAUAGGUAUUUUUGGUGGCGCACUGAAUCUGAAAUAUAAAGGUCAGACUAUAGAGAAAAUACCACCCCGCUCCUGAAGCAGCUACACUGGCUUCUGGUUUGUUUCUGGGCGCAAUUCAAGGUGCUGGUUUUGGCCUACAAAGCCCUAUACGGUUCGGGCCCAGCCUACUUGAGGGACCAUAUCUCCUUCUACCAACCCACUCGAGCCCUGAGAUCCGUAGGAGAGGCCCUUCUCUCAGUCCCACCACCAUCAAAGGCGCGUUUGUUGGGAACGAGAGGGAGGCCUGUUCUGUGGUGGCCCCACGGCUCUGGAACUCCCUCCCUAAUGAGGUACAAUUAGCCCCCUCCUGAUUGGCCUUUCGUUCGCAAAACCUUUCUGUGGAGCCAGGCCUUCCCAGACGAAUGAAAAUAGGCAUUGCCAAUCUGAUGAAUAAUUUGAUAAUACCUGACAAAUAACUUUAGUGGCCGGAAGUUAUGGAUAUCUGUAAAUGGUGCUUGCUGUAAGUUUUUAAAAUUGUUUUAUUUGAUAUGUUAAUUGGGGUUUUUAUAUUAUGAUGAUGUUUUAAUCUGAUUUUGUACUGCGGUCAGAUGUAUUUGUAUGAAUUUUAUAUGUUGUAUGCUGCUUUGAAUCCACACACAGGAGAAAAGCGGGAUAGAAAUAAAUAAUAAUAAUAAUUCAGAGAAACAUCCAGUGAAUGAUGCACUUUAAUAUUGCAAAGAACCGUGCCUGCCUGCCUGCCUUUCGUUACUUUAGCCACAUGGUGUUCAGCCCAGUGAAAUCAAAGGGAUGAUCUCAUUUUUCUCAUUUUCCUUCUAUCAUUUAUUCAUUCAUUCAUUCUUUUCUUCCUCUACCCCUACCAUUUUCUUUCUGGAUUCCCUUCUUUUUAAAGUAUUGUUGAUUCCUUUUGCUGGUAUCUAUGUGUGUGCUGGAGACCCCAAUAUCUGCAUUUCUUGGUAUUUCCAUUUUCAACAUGACCCAUGAAGGGAAAGGGGGGAAAUUUUGGAUGUAAAGAAGACUUUUGGCUUUCAUCCUUGAUCUUUUGCUUCUUUCUUCACCAGGGCAAUAAGGACUUUUUGGAGCGACCCCUUGGAUGCAGUAAGGAAAUGAAUAAUAUAGGAAGAAGAAGGUGAUGAUCUUGCUGAAUUCUUGACUUCACUUACAGAUAAUAAAGGGGGAAAAAAGAAGAGUCAAGCAUCUUUAUUACAAUUAAACACCCAUAUCACUGUUGACAUGGAGGAGAAAGCAUCUGAAUGCCUGGAUGGUGGAAGGAGUUUGACUAGGAGGGAUCAUCUGCAGCAACAUGAAAGGACUCACACUGAGGAGAAACUCUAUGAAUGCUUGGAGUGUGGGAAUAGCUUCACCAGUAGUUCAGAUCUACGUAAACAUCAAAAGACUCACACUGUUGAGAAACCCUAUAAAUGCCUGGAAUGUGGACAGAGCUUCACUCAUAGUUCAGGUCUAUGUUCGCAUCAAAGGACUCACAGUGGGGAGAAACCUUAUACAUGCCUGGAGUGUGGAAAGAGCUACACUGGAAGUUCAAGUCUAUAUAAACAUCAGAGGACUCACAUUGUGGAGAAAGCCUAUAAAUGCUUGGAAUGUGGACAGAGCUUUACGCAUAGUUCAGGUCUGUGUGUACAUCAAAAGAUUCACACUGGGGAAAAACCCUAUAAAUGCCUGAAGUGUGGACAGAGCUUCUCUUUUAGUACAAAUCUACGUACACAUGAAAGGACUCACACUGGGGAGAAACCCUAUAAAUGCAUGGAGUGUGGACAGAGAUUCACUCAGAGUGGAGGUCUACAUUCGCAUCAAAGGAUUCAUACUGGGGAAAAACCCUAUAAAUGCCUGGAAUGUGGGCAGAGCUUUUCUCGUACUACAGGUCUACGUUCACAUCAAAAAACUCACACUGGGGAGAAACCCUAUAAAUGUCUGGAAUGUGGACAGAGUUUCGCUCGUAAUACAAAUCUACGUUCACAUCAAAGGACUCAUACUGGGGAGAAACCCUAUAAAUGCCUGGAAUGUGGACGGAGCUACAGUCAUCUGACAGGUCUACGAUCACAUAUAAGGACACAUACUGGGGAGAAACCUUAUAAAUGCCUAGAAUGUGGACAGUGUUACACUGAUAGUUCAGGCCUACGAUCGCAUCAAAGGACUCAUACUGGGGAGAGAUCCUAUCCAUGCCUUGAGUGUGGACAGAGCUUUGCUGAUAGUUCAGGUCUACACAGACAUCAAAGGAUUCAUACUGGGGAGAAACCCUUUACAUGCCUGGAAUGUGGAAAGAGGUUCACUCGGAAGGAAAGUCUUCGUGCACAUCAAAGGAUUCAUACUGGGGAGAAACCUUAUAAAUGCCUGGAAUGUGGACAAAGCUUCGCUCAUAAUUCAGGUCUACAUACACAUAAAAAGACUCACACUGGGGAGAAACCCUUUACAUGUCUGGAAUGUGGACAGAGCUUUGCUCAGAGUUCAAGUCUACAUUCACAUAAAAGGACUCACACGGGGGAGAAACCCUAUAAAUGCCAGGAAUGUGGACGGAGCUUCGCUUUUAGUUCAGGUCUACGUACACAUCAAAGGACUCAUAAUACUGGGGAGAAACCCUAUAAAUGCCUGGAAUGUGGACAGAGCUACAUUCAGAUGUCAGGUCUACGAUUACAUAUAAGGACACAUACUGGGGAGAAACCUUAUAAAUGCCUGGAAUGUGGACAGUGUUUCACUGAUAGUUCAGGUCUACAAUCGCAUCAAAGGACUCACACUGGUGAGAAACCCUAUAAAUGCCUCGAGUGUGGAAAGAGCUUCAUUCACAGUUCAAAUCUACGUAAACAUCAAAGGACUCAUACUGGGGAGAAAUAAUAAUAUAUUAAUAAUACUUUAUUUUUCUAUCCCGCCACCAUCUCCCCAAAGAGACUUGGGGUGGCUAACAUGGGGCCAAGCCCAAAAUAGAAACAAAAUGUGACAAGUUAAAAUCGAUAAAUAACUAAAAACUGUCAGACCCCUGCUACUAGAGCCUGGAUGUGGCUCUGAGUUUCAGGGUCACUGACAUUGAUAAGACACCUGCGUCUCAGGACUCGGAGAAGAAACGGCUGCUGGACUUGGCGGGGAAUUUGCGCGGGGUUUUACUGAGCGGGAAGAGACUUUUCAAAUGAGGGGGAGAGUAUAUAAAGGAUGGUUGGCCGGAGUCUCCCAUUCUUGGCUUUUCUGAUGUUUAUGUUUCCUGCAGUAAAGUUUCUGGUGAUAUCA